AUCUAUUACAUUUAUUGAGGACUGAUGGCAAUGACUGAAGAGGUAUGGACACGUGACGGGUGGGAAAUACCUGGUAGUGACGAUGAAAUGGAAUAUGAUCUGACGAAGUGUAUUGACAGUAAACUUACUGCCUGUUUUGAUACUCUCACGAGACAGAAGACACUAAAAGUAUCAGCAGCUAUGUGUGGCAGACCCAUCCUAUCAACGUUACAACCAGAGUUUGAGCUGAGCAAGGACAGCAACCCUCUCUUAAACGAGCCGGCUAAAGCUCGUCCCGAGGAAAAUGACAGUUCGAUAUUUGACGCGUUCGAUUACCACGAGGACAAAGGAGGAGAAAACGUCCGCAAACGGUCUUAUCCAGCAGGUGCAGGAAGACAACAAGUUAGCAAGAAAGCUACUCUGGGAAAUGUCAUGACAAACAUGAUGAGACACAAACGAUUAGAAAACUUGGGAGCUAGACCUCAGAUGAUAAAGAACAACAUGUACGCGCAAGGUGUAGAGGGAGCUCCAUUCCAGGGCCCCAGUAUCCGCCACCCCAACAGAGGCUCCACUGUUCAGGACAUCACCCAGAAUGUCAUGGCUCAGAGCAGAUCCAUCAACGAGAGCAUGGCCUCCCUGAACAUGCCCGCUAGAAAUAAGAACAUGCCCAUGACCACACCUCAACCUACCCCCCUGGGACAACCUCCUGCUCAGGGCGUAGACAUUCCCAGAUCCCCCAACAUCUCCUCUCCAAGUGCAGUGUUCAACAACCCGUUAGGUGGGGUUGGACCGAGGAUGGGACCUCCUCCCAACCAGACUAUGUUGUCGAAUAACAUGAUGAUGAGAGGAGUCAUGAAUCCUGAGCAGAGACCGAUCCCCGGUCAGCCUGGCCACUACCCCAUGCAAUCUAUGGGAGAUCCUAUAGCAAUGCAGCAGCAACAGCAGCUGUAUCAGAGGAUGGCGGGCGGCAUGUACAACGGCCCUCACGGCCUGACCCUGGUGCAGGGCAGUAACAUGGGGCCCAGGAUGGUCUAUAACCCGGUCAGUGGACAGACCAUCAUGACAACCCAACACUCCGGAGGGAUGAUGAGUGCUGCUCAGGCCGGGGCCGGGAACAACGUCCUACCCUCACGAUCGGGAAUGAUAGGUCCUGGCAGCAGUAUGAUCCCUGGGAUGGGGCCAGCUCCUCCAAACAUGUCUGCUGCUAACAUGGUUCAGAAUCAGAGCGCUAUGAGCAUGCCUCAGAAAAUUAUGGCAGAUCAAAUCAUGGUUAGUCAAGCCAUGCACGCUGGCGUCAUGCUGAAUAACCAAUCAGUGGUACCCAAUCAGACUAUCGGAUCUGGAAACUUCCCUCCCCACCUACCCCCAAGUUCCAUGGCCCACUCCGCCCUUUCCAGGGAGAUGCAACUGAACCAGAUGUCUAGAGACCUGCCACCAGGAGCCCUAUCUCGCGGCCCAGGUACACCUAACAUGAUGUCUCCGGACAACAAGAACAAGCAGAUGCUGAACAAGAACCCGACUGGCGGUGCUGGGGUUGGGGCGGCGGUGAUGAUGUCGGGUAACAUGCCCCCUCCUAUGUCCCCUGCCACAACCAUGGUAUCCCCUCCAUCAGCCGGUACCCCUCAGAUGGGAGGCAGCAGGACGCCCCAACAGAGAACCCCUCCUGCCAGUGACUCCCCUGGGACCACAGAGAAUAGUCGGGACAACAUCACUCUGAACACUGCUGUAGCUGAGCCUCUCCCAGGGGACGACGCUAUGAACCCUACUUAGGGUGCUACAGGUAACUGAGUUGUAUCCCUUAUUUUCCCUGGUAAAUAUUUUGUUCUGACCUUUCGGAACUGUGAUGUAAACUGUUAAACUGUUGAAUUGUCGAACUGUGAAGAUGUGGAAAUGUUGAACUGUAGCUUCCCCAUUAAAGGCUGGAUUUUUGUCUGAAUUUUUAAUGAUGGCUUGGAAAGUGAUUUCCCUAAUCCAUAAAAUGUUUUUGAGCUGUUAUGAAAAUCUGACUUUCGUAUUAGAAUAUUGAAGGAUCGAUUAUCUGUUCAGCUUAAUUUUCAUAAUCUUAAAAAUAAUUGAUUGUGCUGCAUAUCGUUAUUUUUCUGCUAGAUGCUGAUUUAUUUAUUGUUACUUGGGUUGUUUUGCUCCAAAUUUGAGGUACUUUGUAUGCCAGUUUGCUUCUUUAAGGUACAGGGUUGUCCACAAAUUGUAUUUAUUUGGCCGUAUUGAAUUGUCUUUAAUAAUUCAUUCAGUUAUUGAUAUCA